UAAAAAAAAAAAAAAAAAUCCUAUCUACUGGAAGUCCCCAGCUUCGUCUUGGCACUUAAAAGUUGAAACUCUCCUGGCGCCGUUACAUGUUUGUCAAAUUGCCCAAAUGGCUUUGUCUUCCUUUCCUUGGUCUCUCCCUCUCCCGCAUGCCAUAAACCACCACCAACUCCCAUCAUCCCUCUUUUUAUCUCGCAAACCCACCUCCUGUUUCUUCAUAUCCUUCGCCUCCGCACAACACCACGAGCAACUCACAGUCCCCUCUCCACUCUCUAAUUCAACACCAACCCAUCAGCUCCUUCCAGACUUCACCCCAAAGCAACUCCUCGACACCCUCCGUCGCCAGGGCGACGAGUCUUCAGCACUUAGCAUAUUCGAAUGGGCCUCAAAGCAGCCCAAUUUCACACCCGACUCGUCGGUAUACGAAGAGAUUCUUCGUAAACUUGGAAAGGCGAGGUCUUUCGAAUCCAUGACAAGUAUCUUGGAAGAAAUGAAGCUCGCGGGCUGUGAGAUUAGCGCAGGUACUUUCUUGAUUUUUAUUGAAAGUUACGCCGAGUUUGAAUUAUAUGAUCAAGUUCUUGGCGUUGUGGAAAUGAUGGAAGAUGAUUUUGGGUUAAAACCCGACACGCAUUUUUGUAAUUUCGUGUUGAAUGUUCUUGUUGAUGGUAACAAGCUUAAACUGGUUGAAAAUAUGCAUUCAAGUAUGGUUCGUAGAGGAAUUAAGCCGGACGUUUCUACAUUUAAUAUAUUGAUAAAGGGUCUUUGUAAAGCCCAUCAGAUUAGGCCGGCCAUUUUGAUGAUGGAAGAGAUGCCAAGCUAUGGUUUAUCCCCCGAUGAGAGGACGUUCACUACGAUAAUGCAGGGGUACAUUGAGGAAGGUAAUAUGAGUGGUGCUUUGAGAUUUAGAGAACAAAUGGUGGAAUCUAGGUGCCCAUGUACCGGUGUGACAGUUAAUGUUUUAAUUAAUGGGUUUUGUAAAGAGGGUAGGAUUGGGGAAGCGUUGAGUUUUAUUCAGGAGAUGUCCAGUCAGGGCUUCCGUCCGGAUCAGUUUACGUACAAUACAUUGGUUAAUGGUUUGUGCAGGGCAGGGCACGCCAAACAUGCUUUAGAGGUUAUGGAUGUAAUGCUUCAAGAGGGGUUUGAUCCAGAUAUAUUUACAUAUAACUCUUUGAUUUCGGGGUUGUGUAAAUUGGGUGAAGCUGAAGAGGCUGUGGAAAUUCUCAAUCAGAUGGUUUCAAGGGAUUGUUCCCCUAACACUGUCACCUACAACACUCUAAUUAGCACACUGUGUAAGGAGAACCGAGUGAAAGAGGCGACUGAACUUGCUCGUGUUCUUAUGAGCAAGGGAAUUUUACCUGAUGUUUGUACUUUUAACUCUCUGAUACAAGGUCUUUGCUUGACCAGUAAUCAUAGAACUGCAAUGGAAGUAUUUGAGGAGAUGAAGAAUAAAGGGUGCCAACCUGAUGAAUACACUUACAAUAUGUUGAUUGACAUCCUUUGUUCUCUAGGGAAACUUGAGAAAGCUUUGGGCCUGCUUAAAGAAAUGGAGUCAAGUGGCUGUGCAAGGAAUGUAGUUAUAUACAACACUUUGAUCAAUGGGUUCUGCAAAAACAAGAGAGUUGAGGAUGCAGAGGAGAUGUUUGAUCAGAUGGAACUCCUGGGGGUUUCAAGAAAUUCGCUGACCUACAACAGCCUUAUUGAUGGCCUUUGUAAGAGCAGGAGGGUGGAAGAGGCUGCUCAGCUUAUGGACCAGAUGAUAAUGGAAGGACUGAAGCCUGACAAGUUCACUUACAAUUCCCUGCUCACGUACUUCUGCAGGGCGGGGGAUAUUAAAAAGGCAGCAGAUAUAGUUCAAAGUAUGACCACAAGUGGCUGUGAACCAGACAUUGUAACCUAUGGGACUCUUAUUGGGGGCCUGUGUAGGGCAGGUCGAAUUGAGGUUGCAAACAGGCUUCUCAGAACUGUUCAGAUGAAAGGAAUGGUCCUGUCUCCUCCGGCUUAUAAUCCUGUGCUUCAAGCACUAUUCAAACGAAAGAGAACAAAAGAGGGCAUGAUGCUUUUUAGAGAAAUGGUGGAGAAGGGGGACCCUCCAGAUGCUAUAACAUAUAAAAUUGUAUGUCGUGGGCUUUGCAAUGGUGGAGGACCAAUUGGAGAAGCUGUUGAUUUUAUGGUUGAGAUGAUGGAGAAAGGAUUCAUCCCGGAAUUCUCAUCAUUCAUGUAUCUGGCUGAAGGACUUUGUGCUUUAUCCAUGGAGGACACACUAUUUAAGCUUGUUGAUAUGGUCAUGGAGAAAGCCAGCUUCUCAGACGGUGAAGUUUCUAUGAUAAGGGGGUUUCUCAAAAUCCGUAAAUUUCAAGAUGCAUUAGCAACUCUUGGAGAUAUCCUAGAUAGCCAAUAUCCCAGAAAAGCAUACAGGCGAAGAUGAAAUUAAAAUGCUAUUGCACUAAAUGGUAGGAAGCUAAAGGCCGCUCUUCCUGGUUGCUAAUCUGAAGCUUUUGGAUUACCCUUCAGUCCAGCAGGUCAUCUCUGUAAGGGUAAUGCAAACUAUGAAGGGAUUUUAGAAGAUGAUGUUUGACUUAUACUGGAUUGAGUCAAUACCAAGUGGUAAUAGUCUUUUGGUUUGCCUUGUGGAGGAUAUUCCCUCUCUUACAACUUCAUUGUCAAUAUUUGCGGAAGAAGAAGAUUAAGUAUUUUUGUUGUGUUAA